AUGCAAAAAAUAACGCCUUUCACUCCAAUGAAAUUUGAUCCUCCACCACCAUAUAAAUUACCAAAUCAAAGUUCCAUUGAUAAUUCUAAUAGUGAUGCCAAUAAAACAGAAGGAAACAAUAUAGAACCAUAUAAACCAAAAAUAGAGAAACCAUCACACCAAGUACAGAUUUCUAAGAAUACUGCAAAUCCAUUAAUAGAAAAAUCUAGUACCCAAGAGCAGCAAAAUUUAAUAAAUAUUGCAAUAAAUCCGAAAACUGAAGUAGAUUCACCAAAACAAGAACAACCCACUGAUAAAGUCAUCCAGCCUAAUACAUCUGAAGAAGUUGCUCAAAAAUCAGAAAAUAAUCAACAAUCAAAACCUGUUGAAAUAGAAAAACCAGAAGAAGAAAAGAAAGAAACUCCAUUAAUUAUCAAUACUGAGGCUGAAGGUCCUAAACCAGAGACAAUUCCUCCGACAAAAUCAGAAAUUACAGAAACACCUGUCGAGGAAACGAAAGAGGUACAAGAAAAUAGCCAAGAAAAUAAUUUAGCUGACCUUGGUGAUCUUUUUUCAGAAAAUUUCGAAAAUCCAGCUGCUUCAAAUUCUCAAACAACCACAACUGAAGAAAAUAAAGAAUCAGUUGCUCCUAAACUGGAAGAUCUUAUCAAGAAAAAAGAUCCACCAGCUCCAGUGCCAUUAGAUCAAAAUAAACAACCAAAUAAUUCCAAACUUGAAAUUAAACCUCAAAUUAAAACGGAAUUGAAUAAAGAAGAUAGUUCAGAAGAUUGGGAUUCAGACACUGAUGAAGAUACAUUCACUCCUCCAGAUUUUGAUCUUAAGAUUAAAGAUGAUAAAAUCAAAGUGUUAAGUAGUCAGAAAUACUAUCAGGAAUUUAUUAAUCACAUAGCUCAGAAAUUGGGGACUGAUCUAAAUGACCUCAGCAAUCUUAGGAAAGUUGUAUUUCUCUAA